AUGUCAAAAUGACAUACUUUAAAAUUAUUUGAAGUGACAAAAUUUACUUUAAGUGCUAAAAAUGGCUGAAAGUAAACAUCGACCAGUUGGGUCUGUCCAUGGUUUGGCCUUAUUGGACGGCUUUGUGUGUGUAUCUUGUGUGUGAGAGAGAAAGUGGAGCUCCCUCCCCUUCCCCUGGGUCUCUCCGUCGUAUUGUGGUUGUUUUUUCUGCAGCAUAUCUCUUCCUUCUCCAAGAAAUGUCGGCCGUUUCCAAUUUCACGGCGUGCCGGCGUUUCCAAAAUGGAUUCAGAGAAGAAUUACCUUUCAUUACUAACAAAUUUCUUACCAACAACAUUUCUUCACCAUUCCACAAGGUGUCUCUUGUUCAUUCAAAAAGGAUGUUCAAAGGUUCAAAUAUAAGAAUGACAUUGGUAGAUGAGAGACUUUCCAGCAGGAAGGUGGUUGUACCAUCUGAAAUAUUGGCAUAUGAGCUCGUUCAAGGAGCAAAAGUAAGAUGGAGUUAUAUCAUGGAGGGAUCUUUGCCCGAACCACCAACUGCUAUUCUCUUGCAUGGUAUUCUUGGCAGCAGGAAAAACUGGGGAAGCUUUGCAAGGAGAUUGGCCCAAGAAUUUCCGAAAUGGCAGUUUCUCCUAGUGGACUUGCGGUGCCAUGGUGAUUCAGCAUCUCUCAAGAAGAGAGGCACACAUACAGUUGCAUCAGCUGCUCUUGAUGUCUUAAAGCUGCUUGGCCAGCUCAGACUGACUCCCCGAGUUGUUGUUGGUCACAGCUUUGGAGGAAAAGUUGCAUUGAGCAUGGUUGAGCAGGUUGCAAAGCCCCUUGCACGGCCAGUUAGAGUCUGGGUUCUAGAUGCUACUCCAGGAGAGGUUCGAGCUGGUGCAGAUGGAGAUGAUCAUCCAGCUGAAUUGAUAUCAUUUCUGAGUAAAUUACCAAAAGAGGUCUCUUCAAAAAGAGAUAUUGUGGAGGCUCUUAUACAAGAAGGUUUUUCCAAGGAUGUAGCACAGUGGGUGGUAACUAACCUUCGUCAAAUCAACCCUGCUGGUUCAUCUCCUUCACCUUUGUCAUGGGUGUUUGAUCUCAAGGGCAUUGCUGAAAUGUAUCAAUCAUAUGAAGAAACAAAUUUGUGGAAAAUUGUGGAAGAUGUUCCUCGGGGUGUGCAUAUUAACUUUUUGAAAGCAGAAAGAAGUCUGCAUAGGUGGGCCCUUGAGGAUAUCAGAAGAAUCCAUGUUGCUGAGGAACAAGCUGUAGAGGAGGGAGGUGGAGUCGAAAUGCAUGUUCUCGAAGAUGCUGGUCAUUGGGUACAUGCUGAUAACCCAGAUGGGCUAUUCAAGAUCCUCUCAUUUUCCUUCCAAGGAUUUUAGGCUCACGGAAUUCUGGCCAUUGGUCAUGUGACCGCGAGAAUCGGCUGUGAACCCCUUGCAGACCUAUAGAUUGCAGAAAGAUCCAUUUUUUGUAGCAUAGUGUAUAUCUUCUCAUUCAUUGUGAUUGAGCGUUCUAGGAUGUGAUGUGCAGAAAUUAGAUUGCCUAGGAUAUUUCACCUUCAAAGCUGAAUACACUCUAUAGAAUUGUGCAAAUAACUUCCUGACCAGUUGGGGUCAUUCAACAUCAGCUUUGCUGGGUAUUUUUCCCUUCGAUUGAGAAAAA